UAAUUCGUGUUGUUAUCGGUAGGUCACGGACUCAAGCUGUUUCUCUUUUUUUCAUCCGUAGGCAAACGUCUGUCGUUUGAUCGAAAGUGUAAAGUUGUUAGCCUGCGUGGUCCGAUAUUUCGGUCUUUGCAAUACGAAAAAUGAAGUCUGUUGUAACGGUGUUGGCGAAACUGAGCCUCCUUACCGCAACGUGUAAUCUGCUAGCCGAUGGAAACGCGUAUACGAAUGCAAACGAAAAGUCGACAGUUGACAGGUCAUUGGGUAGCCGUUCGAGCAAUUUGUCGGAAUUUACUUAUACUCUUUCCACGUCUUCCAGUCUUGUCGAUUCUCCUGCGGAAUCUAAAUCGAAUCAAGUCGAUUGUUUUGGAUUGGGUAAAACAUUUGCAACUGCUUUAGAGUGGUUUUUUAUGAGUAAACCGAACGGGAGCAAUCCUCUGAACGUCCAGUUCUUGCUGUCGUCGAGGGAUCAGCCGCAACGCGUCCAGGUGAUGAUCGGAAAGCAAUUUGGUCUAGAGUGGACAGAUUUUCGAAUUGAACGCGAAACGGUCCUGAUAGUGCACGGAUUUUUAUCGCAUGGCCAGGAAUCGUGGAUCACCGAUAUGGAGAAAUCGUUUCUUCAAUGGAACGAUGUGAACGUUGUAGUUGUAGAUUGGAGCAGCGGAGGUAACACUUGGAAUUAUUACAAAGCCGCGGUUAAUACACGCGUGGUGGGAUAUCAAAUUGCAAGAUUUUUAGAGCACAUAGAGAACGCGACAACCGUUCGAAGCGACGAUCAUCGGGGAGGUUUACAUUUGGUGGGUCACAGCCUUGGGGCGCAUAUUUGUGGAUUCGCCGCGAAGGAAUUAAAAAGCAGAGGCAGCAAAUGGACGGUGAAGAGGAUAACGGGGCUCGAUCCUGCGCAACCUUGCUUCAAGAACGCGGAUUCCUCCGUGAAGCUUGACAAGUCUGACGCGCCAUUCGUGGAUAUCAUACACACCAACGGCAGACUGCUCUCCGAGAUUGGAUUGGGUUUACCGGAUCCUAUAGGUCACGUUGACUUUUAUCCGAACGGCGGCAAGAGUCAGCCAGGCUGCCUAAAAAUGGACAGUUCUCUUUAUCGAUACCUGCCGAUUCCUAUCCGAGGUAAGGAAUCGUUUUCAGUGAUCGGCAAGUCCAUAUGCAGCCAUGGACGUUCGUACGUCUAUCUGACGGAAUCUUUGAUUGCCGACGUGAAACGGAAUUGUACUUUCUGGGCGCAUCAUUGGGAUCUGACGUACCGAAGCUUAACGACGAUAACGACGGAACUUUGUACGAAAAGCGUUUGCACGGAAAUGGGUAUAAACGCGAUAAAUUACGCCGAACGUGGAACCUUUUUCGUCGCCACGUCCGAUUCCGUGCCAUUCUGCGUGAGCGAUAAUCGGAAGAUCGAGGAAAUAAUGAUUCAAGUGGAGGAGGAUAACAAAAACGAUCUGUACGACUGAUUAUAGAUAGUUAUCGUUAAAAGAACACAGUACGUGUAUUAUUCGUUUAUAAAUAAAUGCUUUUUACAUUGUACGGUCGUUGCAUAGGUGCUACGCUUGGACGAUAAAUUACCGCCGAACGGUAUUUACAAUGUAGAUUCGGUUACUAAAACGGUUUGCGUAUUUACACGUGACGGUAAUAUAUCUAUAGACGCGUAUGCUAACGACACGCUAAUUCUAUACACGUACGUGAUAUUACGUCUCGUAUGUAUGUAAGUGUAUUAUAGCAUAGUGACUCGAACCAACUGUAUACUCGAACGUAAAAGUGGCGCUGUAUCGUUAUCGCGAUUCCCUAGGUCCUAUUAAUACUAUAAACGAAUGAUAAAUUAAAAGCCUUACUAAAUUACUA